AUGUUCCUGGACGAGCACACUUUAUUUGCACGUUUCUUUGAUUCAUUCCAGGUAAAAUAAUGCAAGUGCCAUAUUUAUCCAAUUUUCUGUCUAAUCUGAAGUCAGCCAAGUUGGAUGACUUCGUCGACCGUUCACAUUAUCUGUACACUCCGUCUUUACUCAUCUUCUUUGCCCUUUUGAUUGGUUCGAAGCAGACUUUCGGAGACCCAAUCACCUGUAUGGUCCCGGCGAACUUUCCAGGUAAUUUAACUGCGUUUUGAUAAUUUAUUAUUGAUUUGUUGUUUUAGGUUCGUGGGCACAAUACGUUCAUCAAUAUUGUUUUGUGACGGGUACAUACCACACUCGGAAUGGAACGCAUCUUGAUUCUGAAUUACCUCAGAUGACCAUCGACUACUACCAGUGGGUCCCGUAUUUCCUUGCUGUUGUCGCUGUUAUGUUCUACGCCCCUCAUCUGUUUUGGAUGACCCUUCAGAACAAGUCAGGUAUUGUUGCUAUUUUUCUUUAAUUUUGCUUUUUUUCAGAGGUCGAUUACGAGUCUAUCGUUGAAAGAUGUUGCAAGGUUCGAUCCAAAAGCCAGAAAGAGCGAAAAGAAGAAGUUCAUGAGAUUGCCGUCUAUCUAAAGGAGUCUUCAUUGAUCAGACAUCGCGCUGGGUUCAUGAGUUCUCUUGGAUGGAUGGGAACAGCCUGCUAUUUGACCAGCAAAGUGUUGAACAUGGUCAAUGUGAUCUUUCAGCUGCAUAUUUUGAACUCUUUUAUUGGUUCGGGGUCCAGUUAUUGGGGUUUUAAGGUAAGCGUGAAUAUUGCUCUCAUUAGUUUCAGAUCAUUGAUGAUGGUUUGAAGGGCAUCUAUUGGGAUGCGACUGGGUUCUUUCCUCGUGUCUCCUACUGCAACAUUGCCAGACUGAAGCUUUCAUACGACGACAGCCAUAUUGUUCAGUGUGCUCUGAUGAUCAACAUGCUGAAUGAGAAGGCCUUUGUGAUGAUUUACUUCUGGCUGGUGUUGUUGAUGAUUCCCACCAUGUUGAACCUUGCCUACUCUUUCAUCAUAAUGUGUGCUGCGCCGGUUAGAGUCUGGCAAACAAAGCAAUACCUUCGCCAGGUUUUGAACGAAAACAACAACAACAACGGAAAGGGUAAGUUUGGUUUGAGUAAUUGAUAUGAAACUCAUAGGCUAUGCUGAGUACUGUAUGGUCAGAAAAUUCGUCGGCGAUCUUCUCAGUUUCGACGGCCUUCUGUUGCUCCGGUUUGUUCAGACCCAUGCGGGCUUCCUGGUUGCGUCCGAAUUGGCCUCCGAACUUUUUACGUUAUACCAUGAAGAAGACCGUCUGCCCACCCUGAAAGUUCACAGGAACACGGGUACGUUUUUUGUUAUAUCAUCUGAAAUGUGGUGCCUAUAGAAUAAAUUUUGGUUUUGUAGGUGGAUAUUCCAACGAAUUGGCCCUUUCUCCCAGUUUGCUCAAGGAAGAUGCCAAGAAUUUUUACGAAAAGGCCCCUAUUGACGCUCCGUCGAUCACUGACUCUUUGGGAUCCCGAUUUGAAUGGUAAGGGUACAUCCAAAUUACACUAUUUGUAGCGAACAAACCUACCCUGCCAGCUCAAAAUGCUAA